GCCUGCUUGGAGAGCUAAAUCCUUGUGAUGGCUUCAACGGGUGACGACCUAGACACAAGUUCUCCAAAUUCCGUUCGGCAAGAACUGUUGCGUCCGCACUCCUCAAAAGUGGCACCACUAGACGCCUGCGGGAUUUUGGACGAAGACCCAGAAUCCCCUGGGGAGUGGGAUAAGGAGGGCCUUUGCAACGGCGACAAGGAGUUUCGACGACGGCGAUUGACCUUCGCUACUCAAAGGAACGUGUCAUCCAACGUGUGCGCUCCUGAGGUGUCGGCCUUGCCCAUUUAUCGUGCACUCGAACUGGGAGAGGAGAAUAUCCAUCAAGUUGCCCCUUUUCCGGCAUCAAUGUUGGGAAUAUACUCCUGCCAUGGCGCUGAACCUGGAUGGGAAGAAGGAGAAGAGGAUCUGGCCAAAAUUAACCAAGACAGGGCGUGCGUGGUGCAUCCUUUCAUGGGUUCGGAGACCUGUGCUCUGCUUUGCGUUUACGAUGGGCACGGCGAGAGCGGCGACAUGGUCAGCAACUACGUCAUGAACGAGAUGCCAAAUAGAUUGGCGGGCCACCCACGAUUGCACGACAACCCUGAGCUUGCCCUCCAGGAGACAUUCGAAGAAGUAGACAAAGCACUCCGUGAAGCUGCGAAGGAUAAUGAGCACGUCUACAGUGGGACGACCGCUGCAGUCGUACUGUACAGAGAUGAUCGUGUUUGGGUAGCAAACGCCGGAGACUCCAGGGUUGUGCUAGGAACAGAGAAGAGAGCAGGUUCAGCCGACGGGAGCAGCGCGGAAGUGGAACCUUCAGGACUGGUGCCGGUAGCACUUUCAGACGAUCACAACCCGGACAAGCCCGAAGAGUUGGAGCGCAUCGAAUCAUGCGGUGGCUUCGUGAGCCCUCCUCCAGAGGAAGGACUGAGCGCCAGAGUAUGGCUCGACCAAGAGCUGACGAGGAUCGGGCUGGCAAUGUCCAGGUCAAUCGGAGACCAUGCCGUGAAGGAGGUGGGGGUCAUUGCCACACCGGAGAUAAAGGUUAGGAGUAUUUCGGAGGGCGACGCGUUCCUCGUUCUGGCUUCAGAUGGAGUGUGGGAAUUCAUGGGAAACCAACAGUCAAACACGACAUCGGUUAGCGAAGUCUCGUGGACGUCGGUCGUGUCUGGGUUCUGGGUUCCGUGCUGGGCCAUCGGUUUGCCUGAACCGAUUUCAGAUAUCUGCGCUCUCCGUGUGGGUGAACUGCUCUAUGAUGCAUCACGAGCGCGACACCUCCCCAGUCUCCUCACUCAGUAUCGGGCCACCACUAAAGACCAAAGGGCAGUCGAUGCAACCUUCAGAGCAUUAUGUAUCCGGGAAGUAGACAAGGAACAGGCAGGUUGCACUGGACACUCGCGCAAUAGGUGCCUUAACCUCUGGUCAUCACAGCAAGCGGUUUUUUGUUUGUGA